AUGAAAUCUACAAGUGUGUAACUAAUGGCAAAUACUUUUAAUAUUUUAGCCGAAACUUGUUGCUACCUAUCCACAUAGAUGGGCCUGCAACCUUUAGAAUUUGCUGACUGUUUGACUGACAGUCCGUAUUUUCGGGAAAAGCUACACGAGCAUGAACGGGAGCUGGAAAGGACAAGCAAGUCCAUUAAAAAUCUCGUUCAACACGGGAAACAAGUGUUCGAUGCUGCAAAACAACUUUCUCGUGCCCAGAAAUCAUUUGCACAAGAUCUGAAGGAUUUCAAUUUUGAAUGCAUCGGCAACCAGCAGACAGAUGAUGAGCAGUGCAUUGCGAAUUCGCUGAGGGAGUUUGGAAAGCUGAUCUGCACCAUUGAAGAUGAGAGAGAUCGCCUGCUUCAGAUGGCCUCAGAGCAGUUCCUCAAGCCAUUGGAAAACUUCAGGAAGGACAAUAUUGGACUUGCAAAGGAGGGAAGAAAGGUGUUUGACAAGCAAACAGCCAAGUUCUGCCAGUCACUGGAGCGAUACCUCAACAUGAAGUCGAAAGUGAAUGAAACAACUCUUCAAGAGGCCGAUGCACUGCUGGACCUGGAGAGGAGAGCCUUCUACCAGGCAUCCAUGAAGUAUGUGCUUCAACUACAGGAGGUGCAGGAGAAGAAGAAAUUUGAGUUUGUAGAAAUUCUUCUGGGUUUCAUGUACAGCUGGCUGACGUUUUACCACCAAGGCCACGAGGCUGCACAAGAGUUCAAGCCAUAUAUGCAAGAUCUGCAGUGGAGACUACAGAAGACUCGUGAGAGCUACCAGAGCACCAGUGAGCAGGCAGGGCAGUUGAUGAACAAGAUGUUGGAGGUCCGUGGGACGCUGUGGUCAUUAGAAAUACAAGCAACCCAUGAAGUUCUGAUUGAAAAUAUUAAGCCAAUUGAUCAGUCCGGAACGAUUCGAGGUUUCACCAGACAGGGCUAUCUGUAUCUCAUGGAACGCAAAGCCUUAGGGACAACAUGGACAAAAUAUUAUUGUCAGUACAAAAAGGAAACCAAAGAAUUCUUCAUGAUUCUUUACAAUCAGAUGGGUGGAAAACUGAACAUUCCAGAGAAACAUAUCUUGGAUACAUGUACAAGACGAGCCCAUGACUCCAUUGAGAAACGGUUCUGCUUCGACAUCACAUUCAAAGAAAAGCCAGGCACAAUGACAUUUCAAGCUCUGUCGGAAGAGGAUCGCAAAUUGUGGCUUGGAGCUAUGGAUGGCAAAGAACCUGUUUAUCUGGUCCCUAAAGCCAAAACCGAAGACACAUUGCUGGAUGAUAUAGGAUUUACCUUUAUGAAGAAAUGUAUAAUGGCAAUAGAAGCUAGAGGUUUGCAUGAGCAGGGAUUGUACCGAGUGGUGGGAGUGAACUCUAAGGUCAAUAGGCUAAUCCAAAUGGGACUUGAUCGAAGGAAAGCAGACAAAUUGAAUCUAGACGACCCUGCCGUAUGGGAGACCAAAACUAUAACUAGUGCUGUGAAAAAUUACCUCAGAUCCUUACCAGAACCCUUGAUGUCUUUUAAACUGCACGAGAGUUUUAUUAAAGCUGCAAAGCAAGAAUCGAAAACGUUGCGGAUACUGGACAUUCACAAGCUGGUUUACGAACUGCCCGAGUCGUUCUUUGAGAUGUUAAAUCUGCUCACCGAACAUUUGCACAAGGUGGCCAGUGAGAGCGACAAGAACAAGAUGACUGUCGGGAAUCUCGGCGUCUGCUUCGGACCGACCCUCAUGAGACCAGAAGAGGAAACCAUGGCGGCUAUCAUGGACAUAAAGUUCUGCAAUAUAGUGGUGGAAAUUCUUAUCAACAACUAUGAAAAGAUUUUUAAAAGUGAUCCUGAGGAUGUUGACCCCAGUGAUUCGAGGAAGGCUUUCUCUCGGAAUAAUGCUGUGAGGUCUCACGCGGUGUCUAACAACCGAUCUGAUAGCAGUUCUCAACCAAUGAGCUCUUCCACACCAGUAUUAUCACGCGACGGGGGCGCCUCCGCUGCUGGGCAGUUAACCAUCUAUGCAAACCAGGCUCCUGUUCACCCGUCAGCACCCCCAUCAGCACCCCCAUCAAGUGGGCGUGGCAAGCUGCGGCCGGUCCAGAUUUACAAUCCAAGUACUGGGGGUUUUGAGACGCACAGCAAUACUAGUAGCAGUUCUGAUUCUUUAAACUCCAAACCUACGCACCAGUCACACUUGCCAAAAAUGGCGUCUCCAAAACUGGAUGGAAUUCGGCGUGACUCAAACAGUGGGAUUACGUAUUCCAAUGUCAGUGUCAGUGCAAUGGCAAACAGAUUUAAUAUUGGGAGUGGAGCAGAUGCACCAACAUUCGGCAGUGUCAAGAAAAGAUCAUCAAACGAUUAUAGUGCCCCAGGAACCCCAGUCAUGAACUCGUCACUGCAUACCAGCAUGACUGGGAGUAUAGGUAGCACAUCCAGCAGCACAAACAAACCGCCAGGACGGACGGUCCGGGCGUUAUACCAGUGUACAGCUGAGAAUGAAACCGAGUUGUCAUUUGAAGCAAAUCAGCUCAUUUAUAAUGUCAAACAUUCAAGAGAACCUCAUUGGCUUGAGGGUUCAAUAAAUGGAAGAUACGGUUUGAUUCCAGAAAACUAUGUUGAAUUUAUUGACUGACGACAGUUGCACACUUUGUCAGUAUAAAGUGACAGUUCCAGAGUUACAUCUGAUCACCAUCAUCUUUAUGAACGACCGUUUCACUAGUCGCCUUGUCACAGGACUGGCUACAUUUCAGAAGCAGGUCUUCUAUACACCACUGCAGGACAGUACCAGGAAGAGUUAUACCAAGUUCGGUUGCCUUGUUUUACUUUUUUUUUUCUUUUGUCUUCUCAGUCGGUGGGUUGCCUGUAUUACGCUGCAACAUUGUAUCAUUAUGCAUAGGUGUGUGUAAUAGCCACAGAUACCUGGUUGACUUUCUUUUCAGUUUUUUUGUUUUUAUUUUUUUAACCCUCAGGUUUUUCUAUUCAAGUGGGUAGGUUAUUUGAUUCCAAUGGAUUCUAAACGUAUGGGUUUUUUAAACAUAUCAUGUUGUAUACAUUUUCAGUUGAAUUAAUUUUUUUUAUUCUUGUGUGUGGCUAAAUACCUACAUCUGUCAUAAAAUAUUAUUAAAUGUGCACAGAUGUUUAUGAAAGCUACACAUAUGACUAAAGUCUAACUAUGUUUUGUAAAUUCAGCUCUUUGUCUUUAAACAUUUCAGUUAAUUACUAGGUCUGUUAUUCAUUUAAGAAUUUCCAGAUAAUAAGUUGUCUAGCGAAGGUGUGACUCUUACAUUUUUUUAUCUACAAGUUAAUCUGAAUUUUAUUAUUUAUUGUAGUAAUAGUAAUCACACUGCAUGAAUAGUAAUGUUACUGCUUGGAUAAAGAGUGUAACAUUGAGUGUUUGAUACACCAUUCAACUGAAAUAUACUUUUUCUUUCACUUUUUAAAGUCAUCAGUAAGAUUUCUAUGGUGUAUUCGAAACUGUUCUGGUGCUGGGAACUUGUUUCUAAAUGUUUUGAAGAUACGAGAACGGGUUCACAAUCAUUUGCAAAUGCCGUUUCAAAUACACAGCUAUAAAUAAAUACAAUCUGGAUUUUUUAUUUUAUUUAAGUGCAUGUUAAAGUAACUUGUUAUUGUUAUCUGGAUUUUUAUGAUCCUUAAUUUGUGUUGUAAAAUAGAUGAUUAAACUGACUGAUUGCUCUUGCAGUAGGUUGUAAGGUUUAGUUGGGUACAGGUCUAGUCUUAAGUUUCUGUGAUAUUAUUAUUAAAAAUAAUAUUCCAUAGCUAUUAAAAAGGUUUUAUUGAGGGCAACUUGUUAGGUCAAGAAAAUGUUUCAAAAUGGCAGCUUAGACAGGUGUCCUGUUGACACAAAGGUGACGAGAGACAAAAUUAGAUUUUAAUUACGCUGAGAAACAUCUGCUGACUUUUGUGCAUACAUCACCAACAUGUUUAUUUAUAUCACUGAAAUUUGAAACAGCUUUGAAAUAAAACAGAAAGUAAAACAAUAUAUUAAUUUAAAAUGUAUAAUUUGCAGACAUUUUGACAGUAAUCUGUUAUAGUUAUUCCAUGGAAAUAGUUUAAAACAAUUAAAUUCACAUGCCACUUACAACAGAUGGGCAUUUGAAUAUAUUUAAAUUUUAUGCACAAGAAAUUACGUAAUUCCAACAAUUUAUUGUUGGCAAGGGUCUUGCCCACCCCACCCAAGUUUUACUUGUUUAAAGAUAAUUGUUGCUAUUGAUAUAAUGUUGUAAUGUCUACAUGUCCGUACUUGAAUAGACAGUUUACCUAAUGGAAUAUUAUUAAUUUGCUUGAUUAGGAAGUUAUCUAAAACAAGUUGUUUGGGAAGAUACAUUUUUUUAAAAAGUCUUGGUUGUUUUUUUAAACUGGCUAUGAUUUGUCAUUCAAGUUUUGGAAAUGUUACUUGUAUCAUCCUGAAUAGUGGCAGUCCUCAGGACUAACUUGGAAGAGUGAUCAUCCUGAAUAGUGGCAGUCCUCUUGAAGGCUGGAUGCAAUAAUGGAUCAUCUCAAUAGUGGCAGUCCUCUUAAAGACUGGAUGAUAAUGAAUCAUUCUGAAUAUUGGCAGUCCUCUUAAAGACUGGAUUGUAAGAAUGGAUCAUCCUCAAUAGUGGCAGUCCUCUUAAAGACUGGAUGGUAAGAAUGGAUCCUGAAUAAUGGCAGUUUUGAAGACGAAAAUUCAUCAUUCUAAAUAGUGGCAAUCCUCUUGAAGGCUAAGUAGGAAGGAUGCAUCAUCCUGGAUAGUGGCAGUCCUCUUGAAGGUUAAGUAGGAAGUAUAGUGUUCAUCCAUCAACAAAACACCUGAUCGAAUUCAUGGGAGCAUACCGUCACGACCUUGUCAAAAUAUCUUUUGGAUUGUCAUAAAUGUAUGUCGAGAUAGAGCUUGAAUAUGUUAAUAGUUUUAUUGUUCAGAUAAAAUUAAUCAAUGUGUGUCAUAACCACACGACCACACUGGAACUAAGACCACAUGAACUUUAUAAACAGUUUUCAUGGUCUUAUUUAUGGAAUUUGUAUUUUAAUAACAUCAAACUGAAGAUACCUGUUUUUUCAAAACGCUCAAAAUGUGGUUAUGAAUAUGCUGUAUUAUAUGGCUAAAUAAAAAUGUAUUUUAUCACUUUGCUUGAAAUUGGUUUGAAAGACAUUCCGAUGGUUUGUUAAUGAAACGUUUAUUUAAGACUGUUUAAACUGUGACUGAGAUUUAUUUUUGCAGAUUUUAGCAUACAAAUAACCUAUGUCAGUAUGCAGUAUAUUAAAAUUGUUGUUACAUAAAUGUAAAAAUUUGUCUUUUUAUGGAUAUCCAGAUAUUUAUUGGUUCUAAAAAAACCAGUUCCAUUGAUUGGUUUUAUUUGUAUUUUAGUUUUUACUAAAAAUAAAACAACCCUAAUGCAUCAGUCUACCUUGAAGUACCGUAUGCAUUACAAUGAAAUUUGUUAUUGUACAUUUGAAAAUGAUUUAUAUACAUGUAUUUGUUGGCUAAAUAAUCAAAUUGUACAUUUAGUUUUUUUACUAGACACCCCUUAAUUUAGAUAAAAUGAAAACUUACUUUAUGAUUUGUAGAAAACUUACUUUAUGAUUUGUAGAAAACUUACUUUAUGAUUACAAAUGUUUAAUGUUAUAAAAUUAACCAUUUUAACUCCAAGUUCUCAAACAUGACCAUUUGUUUUAAUAUUUAGUUAUUAAAAACUACGGUCAUUAAUAAAAGUAAUAUUAUAUUCUUCUUCUUUUUUUAAAUUUCUUUAGUCUUAUCUAGUUGCAAGUUCCUGUAGACGGCUGUUCUUUAUCAGUGUUUGAUAAAGUAAGGUUCUGAAUGCAUUAUAGAGGUUGUAUACCAUAGUUUGACACCCAAUAGCCUAUGUCUUUUUCGUGCUGGGGUGUCAUUAAACAUCUAUUCUAUUCUAUAGAGGUUGUACUUUUAUGUGAUAUGUUCUAAACUAUAUAACGCUGAAAACCGUAUAUAGAUAUUUUAUUAUACGAUACCAUAUUAAUGAUUUAUUAACUUGACUCAAACAAAGUGCCAUUAUAUUAAGCAAUUAUGGCUUGAUUAACUGUGCCAGACAAUACACAUCGUUUCAUAUUAUUGUCCAAUAUGACUUGAUUGACUUCACCAUAGAAGUGAUCAAUAAACAUAACUAAUUUCAUUUGAAAAUAGGUAUCAUCAUACAACAUUGUUCAGUAUGACUGCACCAGUCACUGUUAAUAAUAGUAUUGUUGAUGUACAUCAAUGGCCAAUAUGACUUGACUUGAACCUCAGUGAUGUCACCAGAUAAUAAGCAUUACUCUACACCAUGGCCAGUAUGACUAAAUUGACUUGUCAAAGGCUGUGGUAUGUGCAGGCCUGUCUGUAAGAAAAUGCAAAUAAAAGACCCCUUGUUGCUAAUGGAAAAAUAUAACAGGUUACCUCAAAAUUACCACAUGUUUGACUUCCAAUAGCUGAUGAUCAAUUAAUCAAUGUGCUCUAGUGGUGUCAUUGUGAUUGACAUGAUCUGUAUAUGUCAUUGUACUCAUACCAUUGACUAAAUGCAUCAAACUUGACCAGACAGUUUCAUAUGACUAUGGACAUGCUAUAGACAUGUUAAAAUUCUUCCCAAAUUCUGAUGCCAGUAUGACUAUUACUUACUAGCUAAGAAGAAACUGCACUAAGUAGAUUUUCUACUUCACAGUCAUGAUUGUAUGUGUGUUCAUUGCACACUACUCAAGAGUGUCCAAGAGAUAUUAAUUUGAGAUUUUUAUGUUUCAAACAGUUAUAAAAACACAUGUUUUAAACAGUUAUAAAAAUGCAUGUUUCAAACAGUUAUAAAAACAUGUUUCAAACAGUUAUAAAAAUAUGUUUCAAACAAUUAUAAAAACAUGUUUCAAACAGUUUUCUUGAAAUUGAACUUCAACGUACUGAUGUCCCCUUAACUUGAAUUAUUUGUCCACGGUAUGCAGUGAAUUAAUCACAAAACACAGUCUGUAUUUACUCCCACCCAGAAUGAAUAUUAACCUCUCUCUUCCUGAACAGAAAGUCUAAAAAGCUGAGGUGAGUCGAGAUCAAUGUGUUUGAACCAUAAUUGGAUAGAGACACAAUAAUCUAGUUGCAAUCGGUUAUCUGUUAGAUGACUCCAGUAGGUUAGGUAUGUUCUUUACCGCAAAUCUUGUCAAGCUGCAGUCAUUACGUUUGAGAUUAUCAUCUUAAAUGAUGAUAUGCCAUUGUGAAUUUGUUAGACUAAUUUAUCUGUGAAUUCCUUUUUAAAAACAAAACUUGGCAUAAAGUGUUGAUUGUAUAACCUAAUGACCUCAAAAUGUUUGAAGAAACUAAAAUGGAAAUUGGUUUCUUCUUGAUAGGUUUUUUCUUUUCUUUUUUUUAGCCAAGAUGGAUAGACUUGAUACAUUUCUGACAGUCUUAUUCAUUUUAGCAUAAAUGAUCUUGUAUUUGAUUCAUAUCAGUUUUCAUUUUUGUACCACAUCAUUCCAGAGUUAAAAUAGUGGUGCACAUUAUGUUUAGCCUGUAAUAUUUUGAUGUAAGAUUAAAGAAUGUAAAUGUUGUAUAUAUUAAAUGGUUUUGUAAAACUAUGUAUGUUUCCUAUAUACAGAGUGACAUAAUUUUAUUAUGAUGCAAAUACAUUACAGGUACGUUCACAUUUAAUUGGCAGUUUGUGGUAAUUUAAUCUUGUCAUAUUGAUUCUUGUAUAUACAUGUAUUAGCUGUACUAUUUACAUUUUUUAUAUUAACUUUAUGGUGCUUCCGUUUGAGUGUUUUUGUACGAGUGUUAAUGCAGAUACAGAGCUUAUCGGUUGUACAUAUAACUGUAUGUGAUCUUUUGUCUGUUAACUUGUGUUCAAAUUGUUAUACCUUCAAAAUAUCAAAAUUUAACAGAAUACUUGUUUUUCAUAUCUAUAACAAAAAAAAUAUAUAUAGAUGUUCAGUUUGUAAUAUGUACUUUAUUUUGCUUCUUUUUUUCUUUCUUUCUAAUAUACAUAAAAAUACCAGUGUAUUCUUCUUUUUUGCAGUAUUUAUAUAUCCAUUUAUGCAAUGUCUCAUUAGCAAAAACUGUCUGCUUUUUCUAAGCCUUUAAAUAUAAUGAGUGUUCUAUUGUUGUUUUACAAUCGAAAAUGUUAAUUUCAUGUCACCUUUAGUGUGAAAGUCACUAAUCCUAGUUCCUCUGGUACAUACUGUUUCUGUUUCACAUAGAAUGUAUUUUGAGUUACUGCAAACAUCAAGAUGACCACAGCCCAUGACUAUAAACCUUUAUGAGUCUAGACUCAAUCUUUAAUGAUGUCACACGCAUACAGUUUGUAUGAUGAUGUCAUAACAUUAAAGUCUCAGACUCUUAUUAGAGUCUUGAAUCUAGACUUCUAAAAGUUUUGUAAGCGCCAGGCCAGGUCCCGUGCUUUUAAAGCUCUAGACUCAAGACUCUAGUAGUCUGAGACUUUAACGCCAUGGCAAUGCCAUACAAAUUGUAAUCAUGUGAUUAAAGAUUUGAGUCUAGGCUCAAAACGUUUAUCAGCAUGGGCCCAGAAAUGCAUUGAAUCUGCCAAAAUUGAUCAUUUUAGCAGGAAUUUGAAAGUGUAGUGUACAAAAGUUGUAAUUUAGUUUGGUAUGUGACACUGCCUAAUAACUAGGAUCGGUGCCUUUUAGUAGAUCUGAUUGUUGAUGGUACUUUCCCUGUGAGCAACUAUCAUACAGAGUAAUAGGUUACUUUAUUAUAUUCUACACAUUUAAGGCAUUCAUUUUUCUUUCUUCAAUCUUUUUUCUACUUCUUUAGAGGGGUUAUGUUUUUCAAUGGGGUUUUGUUUUGUUUUGGGUUUUUUGCUUUUGUUAAUGCUUUCAAAUCAGAUGGUGCUGUGACAUUCUUAUUUAGUAAUUUUGUUAUUACAGAUACUCAAAUUGACAAAGUAUUUUUAACAAAUUAAGGUUCUGAUACGAUGUUUUUAAAAAAUAAGAAUAAAAUAAGGAAUACAAAGUUAUUUUAUUGUUUUAAUAUUAAUCUUUUGUCACAUUCCGGGUAGUCAUUAAAAUUAAUUAUUGAACUCUGACUAUUUAUUUAAUUACUGUACAAGAUUAAUUUACUUCAAAUAUUGGUGGAGGCAGGAUAUAUACAUGUAUUCUUUGAUUCUUGAUGUUUGAUAUUUCAAUCAUGGUUUAAAAUUUUUAAUAUAGAUUCUGGUUUUCGUAUUGGUUUUUUAUGAUGAUAUUAACUAAAUGUCCAUAUAAAUGGUUGUCACUGGCA